UAGCGUGACAGUACACGGACGACAACACAAAACAAAUGCAUUAGACCGACGCUGAAAUUCAUGCAUGAUGUUUUUCGACCUACAUUUAGCAUAGUGUGUCACUGAGCCACGCGGCACCGACUCCAGUACAGUUGGGACACCUCAGUCCAGUCGGUCGCAAUACAGCCGUUGUCGUAUCUGGGACGCGAGCCGCCGCACGGGAUGUUAACAAGGCGCGACACCGUCCCAUCCUUCAGCUACUGCUCGUCCUCCGUGUCCGUCUGGAGGCAGCGAUGGACGCGCUAACAUGCUAGCACGCUAGCGUCAUGUUCAAGAAUGUGUUUGGCUCAGGGUUCCUAGUUCGAACAGCUCAUGUGAUUCUGACAUGGGUCAUAACGUUAAUCCUCUUCCUACAUGAUACAGAGCUCAGGAAGCAGGAGGAGACGGGCCAGCUCGUCCAGCCGGUGCUCUUCGUCCUGCUGGUGCUGGUGUCCGUGUUGCUCUAUUUCGCCGUUUCUCUGAUGGACCCGGGCUUCAUCCUGUCUGAUGACCAGGAUGUACAGUUCACACUGGGCGUGACGGAGGAGCAGCAGGACAUGAUCCCACACACCACCAAAUCCCUGCGUCAGCGCCGUUGUGGCCACUGCCUGCUGCAGCAGCCAAUGAGAUCAAAGCACUGCCAGACGUGUCAGCACUGUGUGCGGCGGUACGACCAUCACUGCCCCUGGAUCGAGAACUGCGUUGGCGAGAGGAACCACCGCUGGUUUGUGCUUUACCUCGCCAUCCAGCUGCUGGUGCUGCUGUGGGCGCUGCACAUCGCCUGGACGGGUUUCAGGUACGCACCUGGCUGGCAGCUGUGGCUGCGUAGCAACGGCAUGCUGCUGACCGUGGGGGUGUUGGUGGCGCUGCUCUCGCUGAUCGUGCUGCUCCUGCUGGGCUCCCACAUCUACCUGGUGUCUCUCAACACCACCACCUGGGAGUUCAUGUCACGCCACCGCAUCUCCUACCUAAAACACUGUGGCGCUGAUGAAAACCCCUUCGACCGGGGCACCUUCAACAACCUGUGGUGUUUCUUCUGCGUGUGGCGCACAGUGGUGUGGGAACAGGUGUACUUCAGGGAGGGCAGUGACCAGGUGUAGGAUUACAUGGCAACACCAAAAGGGGUUUCACUCAUAAGCAACCUCUAGCUUUUGGGACCAGAUAGGUCAGUAGAGGAAUUGGGCUUUUGUGUGGUUUACCUUCAUGAAACAUAUGUUGCCCCACAUGUUCCCGUCUUUAGCAUCCCCCCCCCCCCCUCCAGUGGCUGGAGUCCAUUACAGGUUCCGCACCCUGGUUCUGACAGUUGCUUCCCACUAUUCGAGUAUACAGUAGCAUUUCCCUGUGUGACGCUAGUCUCAAAAAGCCCUGCUGGUCUUUAAGCCCCCACCUGAGCCUUCGCUCCUACGUGCUCCACUGGAUCAUUUCUGUGAGCAGUGAACAUUCCCCCCUCCCCUACCAUUCAAUCAUUUUUUAAGUUUUUUCUUGAUACAUGUGAAAUAGUGCAUAAACAUUCGAUACAAAAAGUGAAUAUACUUGUUUUAGGUGCAUGUGUGGUUGCUAUGAAUUCCUGAUUGACAGGUUAAAUAAUUGAUUUUACCGACUUGUUUAAUGUGAUUGCUGUAAUCACUAUUGUGCACAAAGGUGUGACCGGGUCUAUGAUGCAAUGGCUUCACCACGGUUGACAGAGCAUCAUUGUUAUGAAAUACGAAGGUACCUUACUUGUUUUUGGCAUUGAAUCACACCAUGAUGUACAGGACUCUCCAACUUUCAAUGAACAGCAUUUCAAGCUAUUUUAUAUCGCAUAUUAUUUUUUAAGAAUUCCAAACCCAAAAAUGUCUCUAGAUUUUAUAUGACUAUUUUACUGGAGCAACUGGAAGAGCAGUUGCUAAGAGAUUUGUGAGUGCAAUACAUUGGUUGGCAUUUGUGUGUGCAAUAGUAACCUUGUAAGACAGCAAUAAAUGUGUUGAGUUCAAUGCACAGCAGUGUUGUUGGACAAGAUGCAGACUGCCUCCAGAUGGAUUCAUUGAUUGACUGUUUUUUUUAUGAAUUUACAUUUAAAUCCUCUUGGGUACUUCUGAAUUAUAUGCAAUGCUGUCAUGCACUGUUUUUACUACUUUAAAAUGACUUUACAUCAAUAAAUGUUUAUCCUGGUCA